AUGACCACUGGCAUGUUGCAAGAGCCUGUCCAGACCUCGCCUUCAGGUUCAGGUCCUCGUUUCCGACCGUAUGCCAGUCCAAACCAUCAUGUUACAAAAGGGCGCUACAUCACUAGCAAUGACUCCAGAGGCUAUAUUCCCGUAUACGAAUACCCUCUUAAUGGCCAGUGGAUAAUGAUGGAUAUCGAUGAUGGAUAUAUCUUGUGGACGGGAAUCUGGAAGGCUCUUGGAAAUUCUAAAGCUGACAUCGUAAAAAUGAUUGACUCGCAACCUGAUCUCGCACCUCUUAUCCGUCGGGUGCGAGGAGGGUACCUGAAGAUUCAAGGCACCUGGAUGCCGUAUGAGGUUGCUCUGAAACUGUCAAGAAGGGUAGCAUGGGCUAUUCGCGACGAUCUUAUCCCACUUUUUGGCCCCACUUUUCCAAGCACAUGUUUGUCGCCUGACCAGCCAGGGUACGGUCAGGUUGUGCCCACAGGUCAGGGUAGACGCCGUACCCGCAGAUCAACACAAAACUCUGUGAUGCAGAUGCCCCGAGCUGGCGGAAGUUGGACGGUAGUGACGCCGGAUAACAAUAUGCCUACAUCGCCUCACGAUGGACUGCCUUUACACCCCGCUAACCAUCGGUCAAACGAAUAUCAUUUGGCCUCGCCAUACUCCUCCCAUAUGCGUGGCCCUCCAUCUGAUGGACCAUACUCUCCUAUCCAAAGUACAGCAGACUCCAUGCAUUCCCCUCGAUAUGGCGACUCUUACCACCAUCCCCCUACUUCUUACCGUAAGCUUUCGGCGCCUACGAAGUCGACAGGUUUGUCGCUUGACAUCUGCAACCUCUCGAUGCGGGAAAGAUCGUCAGAACCUUCAUUAAAGGUUGACAUUAAACUACCGCCUAUACAUGGCCAUGCAGGAAGCGACCCAGGCGAUUCUCCUUACGCGCUUCCUCCAAUCUCUGCGAUGGAAGACGUACGCGGCUCUGUCACUAAUGAUUCCGCCGCAGUUUUACGGCGCUUAAAAAUGGACGAUGACGAGUACCCAAAGGCCGGGCGCUCGGACAACGACCAAGCAUGGGCUAGACGCCACUCACUAUCAGUCCACCCAUCUAUGUCGUCAAAACCCGCAGAAACUUCCCCGCGCUUCCAGCCGUAUACAGCACCAAGAUCCUACCAGGACCAUUCGCCAUACAGAACGCAUUCAUCGGCCAGUAGUCACGGCCAUCCCUCUAACUAUGCCAGUAAGGCAGAGUCGCGGGGAGUAUAUUCUGAUCUGUCGCAUGAAGGCGACUCUACAUCCAACCCUUCGCCUACUUCGCCCAAUACACCAAGUUCGCUCUCUGAAAAUGAAGACAGGGCAUCUUCCCAUAAUCAAUAUAAUGGCAGCAUGAUCCGCGGAAAGCCCUUUCCUGGAUUUGCGGGGCGCCUUGGGCAACAGCCGUGGCCGCCUGCGCAUUUACACACAGACGGCCAUGGCAGGAUUUCGGAAUCAGAAAAUUUUUCUGUGCGCCGAAAUUCCUACGAAGCACAGAGUGACGGUGAUUCGAACCAUCCCUACCGCCCAUGGUGA